GUGAGAUUGAUCUUGAUAUUGAAGUUCUUGAUAAUGACACACUCUGGGAGCUAGACAGGUUUGUGAACUCACAGAAGAACUCCUUAGGCAAUGUGAAGAUGCAAUACAUUAGUGAGCUCCCAAAAGGUGUGCCCAUCCCACAGCAUAAAAGGGAUGAUGCUGAAGAAGAGGAAGUUGACAUUGGGGAGGAAGUUCUGAACAGUGACUUUCCCACAGUAGAGAUUGAGAAGGAUGAUGUUUGUGGAACAAAUAGCUCAACUACGUCAAACUCCAGCAGUUAUUCUUCUUCUGGUGAAUCAGGAAACUCUUCAGGGAGUGCCUCCGAGGACAGUGUGAGGUCACCCUAUAUUGAGCCAAAGAAGCUUUUAAUUUCUGAACUCUGACGGGCUUUGAUGCUUGGGAAUGGUUAAGCUUGACAAAUGCAUAUCAACAGAGGUUUUGUACUUGCUAAGCUAGAGAAUGUGUAGAACAAUUUAAUGGGGAAAUUCUCUGGUAGGAUUUGGAUUUUGGACCUUAACUUUUUGUUUGUUUACAGAAAUGACCACAUUAAUUUUAGUGGUUGAAAAACAUGGUAGAAGCACAUGUACAAAGUAAUGUUCAACCUAAAAAGCUGUUGUGAUGACUCUUCUAUUUCAGACUCCUUGGGGUAAUAUAAGAGAUUAAUGUGAUG